GUGUUCGAAGUCCAAAAUGGCGGACAGUAUUGGGAAAUCAGGGGCAAAAGCGGGCAUGGAGUCCGGGAUUUCAAAGGAAAAAUACGCCGAACAGAACAGAAUAAAUACGUAUAGAAUACUAGCGAAAUAUAGGAAACGAAAUAUGUUGAUGUUCAGUGGUUUAUUGGCUUCUGUUUGCGGGAUUUGUAUCCUUUUUCAGCAGACAAUCGACGUAUGAUGCAAGAUUUUGUUUUAUUCUGACAAUUGGCACAGCGGUUGUCAACAAUAGUUGAGACUAUAUUUAACAUUUUGUCCUGGGGUUCUUUGCAAAACUCCGACAGAUUUAGACAGAGCAGAUCCAGGGUUAUCAAAGAGAUUUUAAGCAAGGCGAAAAAGCACGCUUAUUUUAAAUAUUUAAAUAUGCAAGUAUAGAAACAUAGAGAAUGACAUAAAAAUUUACUAAUUUAUUAUGCAUGAUUAGUCAAUGUACAUCUUGUUUGGGACUUUGAUGAGUACAUGCAUUGGUGAAUUGCAAUUUAAUGGCAAUCGGGUUGUGCAUGUAUUGAGAAAGCAGACCUGCCAACUCUCACGGUUGUGUCACAAUUUUGUAUGCUUUCUCACUACAAAGUCUUCAAAUCUCAUGAUUUGUGAGGAAAUCUGUAUAACAUGUAUUUAUAUAUUGUACGUUUCCUAAUUACUAUGGAUCAAAAAGUCUGUUCUUUAUUUAGCUUGAAUGUUUAAAAUCACAAAUGUCUCUGCUAAAAAUACUCCUCAUAUGUACUGUGUUUAAUAUUGGAAGUCUUGGAACAAAACUCAGCGUCACAAUCACUUCAAUCCAAACUGAACGCAAUGUUUCUACUGUACAAAACAAUGGUUGUAUUACUUAUUAUUUCUAAAAUCUCACGGUUUUUCCCAAAAUCUCACGACUUUGUAAAAUACAACUCCCGCUCUAGGGUUGGCAGGUCUGAGAAAUCACCAAUUUAAUGAGAUGUGAUUGCCACACAGUCCAUUUAUUGGUCUGAUUGACUGCCCAACAGUUCUAACUGAAAAAGUUUGUAAAGGCUGUAAUCCAGGGUGCCAGACUGUAAAGUAUUAUUUUUGUGCAGGGAAUAUUUUUGUGGUGCAUAGCAGCUAGUUGUGUGGAAAUGCAGGACAUUUACAGUGAAAAUACAAAAAGUGUCCCACUUCCGCUUCUGUAGUUUGUUGUGAUUUACUGUAAUUUGUUCUGUUUUUCUGUAGCGAUUACCGAUUUAUCGGCAAAUACUGCGAUAAAAUUUAAAUUUCAUACCUUUUAUGCAAUGAAACUAACGAAAAAUGUAUUAUUUCCCUUUGCUACAAAGUAUCAUAUUUAAAAAGUAGAGAAAACUAAGUUUUAUCGCGGUAUUUGCCGAUAAAUCGGUAAUCGCUACAGAAAAACAGAACAAAUUACAGUAAAUCACAACAAACUACAGAAGCGGAAGUGGGACACUUUUUGUAUUUUCACUGUAAGAAUGGCUGCAUUGUAUGCAUAGCCAGCCAGCCAGGCAGUCAGUACUCUAUGUAUACUACUUACAGUACUCUAUUGUGUUCUUGUGCAUGAAGUGCAUAUAAGUACAUGCAAGUUGAAAUAAAAUUCAUUAUUUAAUGUUAUCAAAAAUGUGCAGAUUUUGUAGGUAAAAUGUCUUCAGACCAACUUUAUAGUCUGGCCAGGGUAUGUUUUUAUUAAUUAAGUAUAAUUUAUGCCGAAAAUCUUCGGCAUGAGUUUGGCAAAUUACAACAGUAUUUAUGAGUACAUUUAGCACAGAAAGCACUCUGGCUUGUUAUUCAGCAUAUUUUAGCAUGUUUUUGAUGGCUUACUGUAUGUGUCACUCAGGGUUGAAAACAUCAAACUCUGCACUCACUUUGCACUAAUAUACCAAAGUAUAUUUUUGUACAGAUCAGACUAGCACAUACUGUAUACAAUUGUGUACCUACCAUUGGUCACAUGCAAGGAUGUUAACUAGCCCAGCAUGCUGAUUGGUAGAGCAAUGCUAGUACAAAAAUCGAAAGUUUGCCUUGAGGAAAGACAAAAUUUAUGUCAACUUGGUGAUGUUUAACCUUUAGAUUUAGCCGACACUAGUAUUAAUGUUGCAAUAUGUGAUAUUUAAAAUUAGAAUAUAUACUCUGUGAGAACGAUAAUUGACAAUCAUAUUGAGCACUAAAUUAUUUGAUAGUUUUAAAUAUUGUGAACUUGUUUUGAAAAACUAAUAACAUUGCUGAUUCAUGAGUUCAUGCUCAUCCAGCAAGAUUACAAUGCCACACAUGGGCAUAUCAGAUAUAUUCACCAUUGCUGUCAUGUGUCUUCAUAUUGAUAUAAAAGAAAAAAACAAUGCAAAAUAUUGUGGCUGGCAGCCACUUAAAGAGGGGAAACAAAAAAUAAGCUCUCAACCUGGGUUAAAAUGAUUGUGAAUCAAAGCCACUGUCUGGCUUAUAUCAGUGCUUGUCCUUUUCACCAGACAUUAGUGAAAACUAUGAGACGUAAUGUUUAUGCAGAUUAUAUAUUAUUAGGAUAAUUAUGGCUAUAUAGUGGUAAGUAGAGUGAAAGCUCUGUAGAACUGGUGGUGGGCUGGUGUGCUAGUUUAGUAACACCAAUUACAGUAUUUUAUAAAGGUGAAUUUAUGAUAUUCAGUGAAAGUCAAGGGAUAGUAGGGUGAUUACAAAGAACAAGAUUAGGAAAUAGGUAUAUGUACAUACAUUAUAAGCAAGUUGAGUGUUCUUAAGACCAACAGAAACCUGAACCUUUGUAAAUCUCAAGAGAUUUUAAACUCUUGCAAUAUGUAUUGUUCAGUUACCAGAAUGGUCCCUCACCUCUUUAGCAUAAAGGAAGUGAAUCUUAACUAAUCCAUUUCUCUUGACUUGUGUCUUUGUGUGGUAUGUCUCUACACGUUUGUCUAUUUGACUAUUAACUGUAUUAAAAUGAGUAUCAUAAGCGUUGUAAUACACCACUCAAGCUUAGAUUGAACACCAUUUUGUUUGAAAUAAAACAAAUCUCUACAUUAUAAUUUAACUUAGUGACAUUUUAUUUUUUAUUCCAAAUUAAUUUCACCGGUAUUUCGUCCAUUGCGGUGAGCUUUUAACCAUUGGUAGGCCGCUAUUUCGAGCCCUGAUUAAUGUUUUCAGUUUCCCAAGCAUUUUCUACUUUCAUACAACCCAUGCUCCUAUUCUAAAAAAUGUCUCAUUGGAAUGAUUUAAUCCUUAAUCACAUACUAGAUGCAUACUCAAUGUUUGCUGUGAGACAAGAAGACUUUUCAGACUUUGAGAAGUGAAUUUGAUUUUUGCUGCUUCUGCUGAGGGUAAACUAAAAGAAUGGAAGGAUUAUGUUCUUAUUCUUUACAAAGGCCUCGAAAACUUUCACACCAUGCACAGAAAAAGUACAACAUCUGGAACCAAUAAAACGUAAAUUAAUGUAGGGAAGUAUACAUUAGCCUACAUUGUAUACUUCCCUACAUUAAUGUGAUUUGUAUUUGCCUACAUUUAAUACUUGUUGUAGAAAACUUAGCUAGCUGUCAUAAAUGAUAAUUAAAUAAAUAAAAUUUAAUAGGCACAUUCAAAUAUACUGUCACCGAACGGUAUGUAGACUUGUUAAACAUUUUUAUUGUUAUGCUCUUGUUGAAAUAGUAUACGUUUAUUUGGGUAAUAUUUUUGUAAUAUUUGAAAGCGCUAUAGCGCUUUUUAAACUCUGAUAUCAAUUUUGCAUGGCAAUGUGUGAUAUAUGAUUUAUUUUUGUGGAAAAGGCAAAUAAAAUGGAAAACACAGAUGGAAAUAUAUAUAUAUAUAUAUAUAUAUAUAUAUAUAUAUAUAUAUAUAUAAUAUAUAAUCCGUAUAGCCAAAGCAUCUUCGGUAUUUCAAAUUAGAGAAAUUAUAAUAUGCAGCAAUACUGAAAAUGUGAUAUCCAUGCUUGUUGUUUAAUAGAAAACGGACAUAAAUGUUUUUCCGAAUCGUUGUCAUGUGAUAGUCGGGCACCAAGAUAGACAGCUCAGGGGUGGAUUUAGGGGUAGUUAAACCGAAUUUUUAAUUAAAAAUUCAAACUGUGGUCCAGUUGUCAAAUUUCCUAAUACCAAGUCAUAAUAAAACCAAGUCACACAACAGCGGUCUUCCACGUGAGUUUUGAUCGAUCUGAUACAAACACAUAUACAGUCCCUCUCGGAAAUGUGACAUCCGUGUAACAAAAACGUCGUUUGCUUUUGCUCGCUAAUAAAAAAAUUUUUUCGUCAAAUCAUAGGAACUAUUGUUGUAUUGAUGUUUCGACCGGAAUCCCAACUGUUACUUCUGCAUGGACAGUGAAUGUCUUAGGUAGGGUUGUCUUAGGAAACAUCUGUUUCCAGAAUAAUUACCUGUAUAGAUGUUAGUAAUGUAGUGUUUUUAGGGAGUAGGUGCCCUUAGUCCCUAACAACUGUUGAUGUAAAUAUUAUUAUAUUUUACUGGAUAUCGUAGGCCUGUAGUGUCCAAAAACGUUUAAUAUUAGCUUUUCGGCUGCGCAAACCUCACGCGUUUAUUGUGAUAGUGAAAAAACAGGAAAUCCACGAUUACCCUGCGUAGGAAGCAAAGACGAUGUAUUGUUCUUCAUUAAAGAUUUUACUUGUAUCCACUUUGAAAAGAUAUUUUCAAGUAUACAAUUAGGAACUACACUACUCAUUUGUUUCACAAGACAAACGUUUCCUCGUUUUUUAAUAAUUAUUUGAAAACUUAUCACGCAAGAGCAUUCUAAGCUUGCUAAACUUACGACUAUAAAAGCUACACAUGAGUAAAGGACGGAAAUUUUGGAAGAGGGUUUCUCAUGCAUACGAUCUUUC